AAACAAAAUGGCCGCCGGAGAAGAUAUGCCCACUUUUAAACUGGUUCUGGUUGGAGACGGUGGAACCGGAAAAACUACAUUCGUUAAAAGACAUUUGACUGGUGAGUUUGAGAAGAAGUAUGUGGCAACUCUUGGAGUAGAGGUUCAUCCCCUCGUCUUCCACACCAAUAGAGGAGCCAUCAGAUUUAAUGUCUGGGAUACCGCUGGACAAGAGAAGUUUGGAGGGCUCAGGGACGGAUACUAUAUCCAGGGUCAAUGUGCCAUCAUCAUGUUCGAUGUAACCUCUCGUGUGACCUACAAGAACGUGCCGAAUUGGCACAGGGAUCUGGUCAGGGUCUGCGAGAACAUACCCAUCGUGUUGACCGGGAACAAGGUGGACAUCAAGGACAGGAAGGUCAAGGCCAAGAGCAUUGUGUUCCACAGAAAGAAGAAUCUUCAGUACUAUGAUAUCUCCGCCAAGAGUAACUACAACUUCGAGAAACCCUUCCUCUGGCUAGCCAGGAAACUCAUCGGAGACCCAAACCUCGAGUUUGUUGCUACACCUGCUCUACAACCUCCAGAGGUCGUUAUGGAUCCUCAAUGGCAGGCCAAGAUUGAACAGGACAUCAAGGAGGCUGCUGAGACCGCUCUGCCAGAAGAUGACGAGGACCUCUAGAUGAUGAAUGGUGUCCGCUGUUCUCCGGAGAAUCCUCAAAAUCUGGAAAUCUUUUUUGUUCCAAGAAAUCCGGGAAUCCUUAAGUUCAAGAAAUCCCAAAUAAAUGUUUUUAAGAUGUGAAAACCCAUCCUGGUCGUAACCGGCGCUUAUUUUAAUAUUUUUGUUCGAACUUAUUUUUGAAUUAAAUAUAAUAAAUGUCAAUUUUCAGAAAA